AGCAGAAGUUGGUGUUUCUUUCAUAUAAAAUGCAAAGUCAUUAAAGUCCACUACAUCCCGGACCCCAAAUAACUAUACAUUCAAAUGUUAAACCAUUAUGUCCCAAAGCAGCGACUACAGAUUCCGUUCCGAAACAAAUGGAGCAUUUCCACCUCUGCUUGUAAAAGCUGAUCCGAGAUCAGCAGCAGAAAGGCUGAAUGGAAACAUAACACACGGUUCGAUGACAACAAGGAAACUGACACCGCAGACUUGGUUCUUACAACAUAUAAACCUCAAACACGACAGUCCACAAUGUUUCAUCCCCGAAUUGUUGUAUUAUAUGCCUUAUUAAGUAUUUGUUCCACAAAUGAGAGUAAAAUAAAAAACGCACAGAAACCGGUGCGUUUGUUCACCGAGGAGGAGUUGCAAAGAUACGAUGGGAGCGAGGACCGACAACCAAUUUACAUGGCCAUUAAAGGUGUAGUGUUUGACGUCACGACUGGAAAAGAGUUUUACGGAAAGGGAGCGCCUUAUAAUGCCCUUGUGGGCAAAGACUCGACCAGAGCUGUGGCCAAAAUGUCCCUUGACCCAGCAGAUCUCACAUAUGACACUACGGGUCUCACUGAGAGUCAACUGGAAUCUCUUGAGCAGAUAUUCAAAGGCACAUACAAAGCAAAGUACCCCAUCGUGGGAUACACCAGCAGACGUGUCCUCAAUGAGGACGGCAGCCCGAAUGUAGACUUCAAACCUGAAGACCAACCAAACUUCACCGUUAAAGAUGAAUUUUGAUGCGUUUGAAAUGAAUAAACCGAUCCAAAAGUCCAGUCAACAGUCUGAAUCAUAGUUGUUUGUGACCUUUGACUAGUUCAGGUGGGCAUGUGUAAAUUUGAGGUUGUCUGGUGGUCUUUCAGCCUACAAUCAUAGAACACAUUAUGAUGCAUACUGUCCCACGUGGGUUUUUCCCUGGUGGGCAGCUUUGAAUGUCAUUCAAAUUAGGCCACCUACAGGUGUGAUUAAAAAAAAUGAAAUAGGUUUGGUCGUUUGGCACUUUCACGUGUAUUUAACUGUUAAACAAUCUUUUCAAAUGUUUAAGCUGUUUAUGAAGUGUCUGUAAUUGUAAACAUACAUUAAAUCUCUUGGUUUCUUUCACUGUACGCGACGGGAAAGUUUUGGUGAUUCACACUUCACUUAGAAAUUGAAAUUGCUUGUGGCGAGAGGUUUCAUAUUACAAAUUAAGCGUUAAUAUAUCAUUCCACAACAACAUUUUUACUCAAACGCCGUCUCAGUCAUACUUAUAGUGUUUGUGUCUAAUCUCUAAGAAAUGCCCUGAAUGACCAGAAAUGUUUGUUACUUUUACUUGACUUGUCAUAUUAGUGUCAGCUAAGAAAUCUAAAUGGAAUAUCUUAAUGAAUUUUUGAAAACACACAAACAGGUGUCAUCUGGUUUAAAAAAAGUUUAAUGCGGCAAAUAAUCAGGCAAGUAGAACACGGUUGUUUUACAUGUAGAAGCGACCGGGGCUAUUUCCCACAAAGGAUAUAACUCAGUAAG